AAUAACAGUAAACAGUGUUUAUCAAAACCAAAACAGACACUUCUAGAUUGCCGGAGUUUUAUUGAUCAUUUGAUCAGAAAAUUUUGGCCUUAGAUUAACAAAAAUUGCCGUUGACUUAUAAAUUCAAAAUCGUCUAAAAAUUGUCCGAUUCAGUUCACAAAAUUCCUACAAAGUGAUAUCCGUCUUCGAGAGAAAAUUACAGAUUCAUGUGUUAGGUGAUCAAGCCAAAUAAUUAGAAAUAAAAUUAUUAGUCUUCGCGUUUUAUAAAUUAAACGGCAUUAAUAAAUAAAUAAGUUGUGGGUGGUUUUCUUCGAACUUCAGUUUUUAACAACAAUUGGUGAAGUACCUACGUCGGUCUUUUUGGUCUAGUAGGUUCAAAGGUGUGGUAAAAAAAUGUCUAAUAGAAAUAUCGCUGAACAGGAGUCAAAAAUUCGAGAUUCCUUGUUUGAAUUUGUUAAAAAGCAAAUACCUGACGCUGACUUGAAUCUAAUUGAUGAAAUUGUUUUAUCUUAUGUUGUGGCCAUCUUAGAAGACGUAAGCUCUGAUCCAGUAUUUGAUGUUGAAGCAUUUUGUGAAAUGAUGAGCGCAUAUUUUCCUGAAUUUGAGUCAUUAAAUCAUGCAACUAUUUGUGAAUGGAUGUUCGAUUUAGCUGCAAAAUUGCAAGCUGGUGAGCCGCAAGAAAAAAAAAUUCACGAAGUGGAAUUGUCGCUUCCAGAAGUGGUGCCCGUUCAAAAGCCUAGAUAUCAAAUAAAUUCCGAAAAUUAUGAUAGACCGCGACGUAUGCACCAUCUGUCAGAAAAUAGUGACGGUUCAACUGACGGUUCAGUCUGUGAUUUUUCUGAUGAAAUUGACAAUCUUCAAGAGAUGUUCCCUCACGUCUGUUCAUUAGAGAUCAAACAUUGCAUUGCCAUUGCAUGUGGAGACAUAGAAAGGGCGUCCCAGAUAUUAAUCCAUCGUCAGGAAAGUGGUCAGUCCAUUACAUCCAACGGAUCCGUAACUUUGCAUCUAUCAAAGCCCCAGGCCAUCGACGAUCAAGAGCUCAAAAAUCGCAUCAUCGAAAGGUAUUCGUAUAUUGACAGGGAGUCAGACGUGAAGGAGCACAGACCUGUUGCUCCCAAAGUCGAACCGAAAAAAUUGAUUCGAUACAGGGACAACAAGAUUGUGAGCCUCAAAGGCGAAAGGUACACGGAGGUCAAGAAGGGCGAAGACGUAGACGACGUAUCAUUAAAAAAGAACAAAAAAAGCCACUCUCCGUAACCAACAACAUGCAAUUGCAAUGAUGCUUUCUCGGUAACGUUACACAUUGUUUUCGAUGUCGAAAGUUUAAAGAUAUUUAUUUUAUCUUUGCUUAUGGCAUUAUCCAAAUUCUUUUGGAGGCCUCACGGCCUUCUACUAUUAUAUUUCUGUUUAGUACUCAUUCCAUUCUUGAAUUUAUCCAAGAAACUCGAGUUAUUACCUACCAAAUAUUUCACUGCAAUAUGUUCAUUUAGGUUUAAGCGAAAGUACCUUUAUUACUUAUACGUAUUAUUAUUGAUAUUUAUCAAUGUGAAGACCAUGAUUUUCGUAUGCAUAUUAUUUUUUUGUAUAGUUCCUUUUUUCGUAAGUCUUAUUAAAAAGACGGAGAAGAACGUUUUGUUGCCAUGUUGCAUUGUUGUCGCACAAUCGUAUUAUCUAUGCACUCUAAAUGGCGACAUGGUGAUUUUGCAACAUUCUGUCGUACAUUUCCAUGUUAGUGAUAGUAAUAGUUCUUCCUGUGUCCUCUGUUGUCCCGAAGGAACGGUCGUAUUAUUAUUGAAAAUCCGAGCGAGUUGUGGAAGCCGAAAACGCAGAAGAAAAACGAAAAUCGGUCAUUCGAGUUUUUCUCCCUCUCCUCCCCCUUCUCCUCCUCUCUCAAUUCCUCCGUUCCGUCAAAAGUACGUCGACAGGUCACUUUUGUUGUUAAGGUUGCGUGCGAAUGUUCCGGAAGUCCCUCGUAUUUAUCUCAACGUAUGUCUUAGAUUUAAGGGCGUUUCUGUGUCAUAUUGUAAUAGACUACUCAUUAGUCGUUUUAAAUGUCUGACAGGCUCGUUAGGGUGUAUGUAUACAAGUGUUCGCUUUAAAAACUAGCCAUAAGGAGCAAGUGUUGGGCACAGAUAUUCCUUUCCAUCUAUAAGUGAAAAAUCCUAUAAAUGUUGUCACAUACCUAUUUCACGUGCAGUAACUGCAUUUUAACUUGAUAUUAGUUUAAUUAAUGGCACUUUUGGUUCGAAAGAUGCAGUAUUUUGACGUCAUGAUUACUAAUAACGUUUAACCAACCACACGAACGACGUAGAACUGAAUCGUAACUAGCGAAUAAGUCUAAGUGUACCUAACGGUUAUGUUGGUACUGCGUUGCGUUGUUGUCGAUGGACUGCCAUAUUGCGUUAAUGUUAACGUUUAUUGUUUCAAUUCGUUUUUAUAUCUAGUUUUCUAUGUCCAAGUUGCAAUGGGAUUAUGGUACAAUACUGUCAAUUUCAGUUGUUUAAUUAAACAAUUAGUUAUAAGAAUAAACGAGAAGGUUAGGUCUUUAUCGUACAUCAAACAUUCAGUUUGACAACGCUGACAAUUAUCUGUCAUGCAAAGUCGAUUGCUUAUUGGUUAGGUAUGCAUGCAUACACAUGGAUGCAGUAAUGGAGAUAGUUUGCUUUGUACUCAAACCCUUCAUCGCUAUUUUGUUAUUAAUUUGUUCACUAGGGUUUCUAUGUCUUUUUAUUCCUUUGUUCCAUUAGUUACAACCUGUACAGCUCCUAAUUAGUACAUGCGUUACAUUUUGUUUCAAUCAGCAACUUUAAAUGUAUUAUGGUGGCCAACGUCGGCCAUGUAGAUUUUUUCGUGAUGUCAUACGUUCGAUGUCAAAUACAGUAAAAAUUCAUUCUUUAAAUACCUUCUUUUUGGUAUUCUUGUGGUUAUUUAAUCCUCUUAAUGAAUUUUUAUUCCAAACUGUUUUGAGAUAUAAAAUGUAGUUUCUAUGUCAUUUGCGAUAUAAUUUGGUACAUCCAAUCAUUUAACUGCGGCGCCAUUUUUACUUCACCUAAGGCAACUAUUAAUCAAUUUUGUUGUCUGUUACUUCAAAACGACUGCUUCAUUUUGUAUUAAAAGAAAAUGGAUCCCAUAAAUGUAGAAUAUGCAAUGAAUUUCAGUUCAACUUCAACAUAUUGUAUUUAUUACUAAAUUUGAUUAUUAUGCGAUUCUUUGCAAAAAGCUUCAAGUUCAACACAAUUUGACUACCAGUUAAAACAAAAAAGAGAUUGAAGCAAUUUAUAGGUGAAAACGAAUAAGAACUGUAGCACAACAACUUGCUCCAUAGAUGUGACACUAGAUUUACACGUAUAUUAUUAUAUUCAUACGUUCACAUACUUAUUCUAUAAGAGAAAUACUAGUCAGUUUUCGAAAAAAAAAAGUAAAAACUGUUACGUGAUGUGUUAAUUACAAUUAAUUAAUUAACUAUAAGUACCUUUAACUUUUGUUCUCGUUGACAGUUCGAAACGUUUUAUCACUGUGAUUCUUUAUAAUGUACUGUAUUAAAAUUAUGUAUGAUGUAAGGAUAGGGUUAGUUUAGGUUGAAAAGUGAGCGCUGUUGCCGGACAGUACAAAAUUUUGCAGUGUAUGCCGUAUUUUCUUUAAAAUGUAUAUUUUCGUCUUAGGAAGAGUCGAUUUUGCACUACAAUGACAGUAUGAAUUUCGUUUGUAUAUUAUGAGUGUAUAUAAAAGAGGUAAACUGUUUUUUUUUUUUAAUAUUUAUUGUAAUUUACAGAGACGUCGCCAAGGGCAGGGGCAUGGGAACAAUUGUUAAUCAAACGUCAUAGUGUUUAAAUUGGCACCCCAAAUUUUUUGUCUCAUAGAUUAAAUGUCAAUUCUUUUUUGUUUUUGGUGGAUCUUUGCCUUUCUAAUACGAAUUGUAAUAAAUCCGUUGAUUCAAAUAAGUUUUUGACAACUAUAACAGUUAAUUUUCUCAUGAUUAAAGCAUAUAAAGUACCCCCAAAUCUGUCUCCAAAUCUUCAUCGUGUUUUAUAAACAUUUAUCAUCUAGUCUUCUUAUAAGAAAUUGUUAUCUAUGUUAUGUAAAUUAAUCUGUUUUUGGAUAACUAAUUAAUUUCGGUCACGACUAUUUGAAAUGGGAUUCGUUCUUGUGGACCCCCAUAGAUAUUUCAUCCACACCUCUAAUUUUUGUAUUCACUGACAUGAAUCCCUGGAAUUUGUAGUCAACCCUUUACUGUUGCGGAAAAAGUCAUAAAGUUACAAGAAACCCAGGAAGUUAAUGCUUUAAUUU